UAAAUAAAAUUGGACUGCCUAAUGAAUAUGAGUGUGUGUAUUUCUGUCUGUUCAACGUUUGGUUAUGAGUUUGAUGUCUUGAUGUCGUGAGUGCUGACUGCAUUUGCUAACGCUAAUGUAACUGGUAUUAAGUUAUUGGCAUAAUGUUAGCUUAACCUAGCUAGUUGUAACAAGCUUAACAGUUACGGGCUUGAAAGUACAGUGAAGGGGCCUAAAACAGGGCUGUAUUUUAUUAAUGUUACUUAUCCUGCUCUAAAUGCAGCUUUUGUUUUUUUUCCUUUUGCGAAUAUUUUGAUUAUCCUGAAAGCAGUGACCGGAAAUAGUCGUUGUCUUUCAGUGGAACUUGACGUCGUAAAUCGGGUUAAUAUCUGAUUCCGGAUGAACUCUUCAUCUUGACAGUGUUGUUAUUGUCUUGCCGGAAAGCACCGGGGCCAGAUAUCUUUGCUAGCUGGAGGAUUGAAUGGAAGAAAGCGAGAUAAACAACCGAGCCGAUCCGGGCCGGGCCAGGCCAGGUCGAGAUACGAGAGACAGCAGCACCCAGACAGACAGCAGAGUACAAGGUCAUGGCCCCCGGCUAUCAAAGGUAAACUUGUUUACCUUGUUGAGUCUGUGGUUGGAGCUGUUCCCCCAAGAGCAACCUGAGGAGGAUGACCAAUCUGGGAUCCGUGGGAUGGGUCUGGUGGUGGUGCGGGACAGCAAGGUGGUCGGACUCCACUGCUCAGGACCCGAGCUCCACGCAGGACAAGCAGCCAUCAUCCAACACAGUGCCCACCUGGCUGACUGUCAUCUGUAUUUCUCCAGGAGACCCUGCGCUACCUGCCUCAAGAUGAUCAUCAACGCUGGAGUCAGUCAGAUCUCCUUCUGGCCUGGAGACCCUGAGGUUAGCAUGCUGAGAUCCACCUCUACAAACCAUUCAAACUGCCACUCACACAGCCUGGCUGACUGCAUCACGGAGGAGGCCGCACUGGAUGCCGUGGCAACAGAGAAGCUGAAGUCCAACAGCCGUCCCCACAUCUGCGUGCUUCUGCAGCCGCUGACGCCCGGCCUGGCGCAGUUUAUCGACGAGACGUCCAGGGAGUGUGAUUUCAUGGAGAGAGUGACUGAUGAUGAACCCGGGCAGAACAUAGAGGAGCUCUUCAACAGGGAGCGGACGAGACACCUGAAGGAUUUCUCCAAACAGUUCCUGGUGGGGACGUCUCGGCAACACCGGGCAAUUUUGACUCAGAUGGGUCUGGAGAACUUCUGUGUGGAGCCCAACUUCUCCAACCUGAGAUACAACAUGAGGGAGCUGGUGGAGGUUCUGGCUGCAGUGGCUGCUGGGGUGCCGCAGCAACACUACGGCUUCUACAGGGAACAGUCUGAGCUACCACUGGCCAAGUCCUCACCGUCUCCUUGUCAUGAGGGAAUAUCCCAGGAGGUGGCUCGCCAUUGCGUCAUCCAAGCCAGGCUGUUGGCCUAUAGAACAGAGGACCCGAAAGUGGGUGUGGGUGCUGUCAUCUGGGCCAAAGGACAGUCGGCUGGCUGUGAUGGAACAGGGUGUCUGUACCUGGUGGGUUGCGGUUACAACGCUUACCCAGCAGGCUCGCAGUACGCAGAGUACCCACAAAUGGACGACAAACAAGAAGACAGACAGAGACGCAAAUACAGAUACAUCGUCCACGCAGAGCAGAACGCCCUCACCUUCAGGACUCGAGAUAUCAAACCAGAGGUGCCCACCAUGCUGUUUGUAACAAAAUGUCCGUGUGAUGAGUGCAUCCCUCUGAUAAAAGGAGCCGGCAUCACUCACAUCUACACUACCAACCAGGACAGGGGCAAGGACAAGGGAGACAUUUCCUACCUGCGAUUCAGCAGCCUGAAGGGCAUCAGCAAGUUCAUAUGGCAGAGGAGUCCCUCAGUUCACUCAGCGUCUUCUCCUCACCUCGCUAACGGUAAUGUUGGGAAGCACAGCAGGCAGACUGAGCAGGAGAGCCACAGCAACAAGAAACUGUGCACCAACAGAUCCCACGACUCCACUCCUGUCAGCUGAACAUCGACCCCACGAAGACGGACGGACGGACAGACUGACGGAUAAACGGAUAAACCAAAAACCACUGAAUCAUGUUUUUAGCUCGUGUGCUGCAGAUUUGAUAUUUUAUGGCUGUAUAAAUACAGCUAAUCAAAUCUGUGCCACACAUGAUUUUACAAGUCAUUUAUUUUCCAUUCAUUCAAGACCAGAAUCAGUUUUCUGAAGUUUUUGGGAAACUGAUCGACAGACAUAAACAUUAAUAUUUCUCCUGUGUUACCUGUCACACCCCGCUGAGUGAUAUAAGAGCAAAACGCAGCCAACUCUGGCAGUUUUAAGUUCAAGAUUGGUCAAAUUUACUCCCAAAAUGCUGUAUUUGAUCAACCAGUGGCUGCUUUAAAUAGGAACUGCUAGCGGUGGGAGUUUGGAGGACAGUCCGCCAAGUCCUGGAUGUAUUUCUUUAACAUGUGAUCUGAAACUUUCCUCCUACUGUGUGUUUUUCACUCGUCCAGUCAUCAGAGGGACGAGAACAAGCUGACAACGGUAGAAACACACUGACCUCAAAAGGGAAACCACUAAGAAGGGAUGGACGCCUCUACUGAAUGAUGGAAGAGGUAAAGAACGCAUGGACAAAGUGGACAAUUUGAACUGAAUGGAAAAUGGGUAAAAAACAGGGAUGCCACAAAAAUAAUAUUAUAAUAGUUAUAUAUAUAUAACUAUGAUACAUGGAUUUGUUCAUGUCAUUUUUUUUAUAUAUAUAUAUACAUAAGUGAUGACUAGUUUAUUGAAAUGGUGUAAGGUGUUGGAUUUAUAAACAUCCAUACGAUAUAUAAGGUUACGAUGGAUAUAGCUCCUGUUCUCCAGGAGAGACUUGAAUACACUGUAAAAAAAUAUAUAUUUUUAUUUGGAAGGACAUUGCUGUGUGAAUACUUGAAAGACAGACUGUAGGAUUUUACGUCAUAAUAUGUAAUAUAAUAUGUUAUAUUGUUUAAAAUCCGAUUUGAACAAAAGCAAAAUGCACUCAGUUUGUAUCUCAGGCUUGAAAGAAAGAUAAAAAUCUCUUCCAACAUUUUUAUUUUCCUCAGACAAACAGGCUCCUUUGUGAAAGGGAGAUUUAUAAGAUAUGAGAUUUAGUUUCGAGGACUUUAACAAUGGCAAAGAAGCUCAGAAGCUACCAAACCUUCUGACUGUGGUCUCUUUUUAUCACAAUUAAUUUCACAGCGGUUAUCAGUUCAGGUGUUUAAAAAUACUACACAAAUCAGCUUUAAAAAACAAGCAACUCCAUCACACAGCUUUACUUGGUGUCAUUAUUUGGAUUUAUCUACCCACAGUGUUAAGGAAUUAUGUUUAUUUGUUUUUAAUGUUUCUACAAUGCUGAAUCAUUGUAUGUCAUGUCUUUGUGUGUCAGUACAAUAACACACAGAUAAAAUGUGUCUGUAACUGAGAUCCAGAUCAUACAGAAAGCAAGUAAAUAUAAGAGACUGUCAGCUGUGGAGCCACUCAACAUGUCCAGUGAUACGAACACCUUUAAAUAUACUGUAUCCAUCAUAAUAACUGAUAUUUAUGGAGAAAAUAUAGGUUUCUUUAAGAGUGGAUGAUCAACAUCAGUAUUUGUACUGUACAUCACCCGUCUCAGCACGACAAAUGAGCAGACACACUAACACAAAGCAUGCAUUCCCAUCCUUUUAUUUGUUUUGAAUGUGGUACAAUAGCAUCAAUGUGGAAAAGUGGACACCGGGAAGAUAAUGGAAGUUUUGCUGGGGACCAAAGUUGUUCAUUGUUUGAGUUGAAAAAACAGGCAAAAACAAAACAGUUUGGCUCGAGUGAUAAAUCUAAAAGCUGGUUGGCUCUACAUUUUUUUUUUUUUGCAUCUUCUAUUCUGUUUGUAAGCCGUGUUCUGAUAAUGUGUAACACUGUCACAGUUUCUAACAUCCAAAAAACAGCUGGUAUUGUUUUUAUGUUUUCAUUUUAUGCCAAAUGAAAAGAAAAAGAAUAAGCAGUUCGCCUUCUGUACUCCCCCACUGCCUUUAUUUCUGUUUGACCACUGUAAUUUAACAUGUGACAGCUAAACAUGAGUUUGAAAUUUACUUAAAAACCAUUAAGAAUUAAAGGUUAAAAUCCUAAUUCAAAGACUUUUUUCAUUUGUAAUGACUCCAUUAAACAAAAAAAAAAAAACCUGUGGAAGCUCAAAGUAACCUAAUGGAUCCACAUCAAAUACUGAUUGGGAAAUAAAUUCUGAAUUUUACUGA